AUGGCGACCCGCGACCCCGGCGAAAUCGCCGCCGACGCACUCAACGACUUCUUCGGCCAGCUCUUCAGCUGGGUCGAAACAGCCUUCACACGGUUCUUCAGCAACCUGUACUCGUCCUUCGCGGACGUCAGCGUGAACCGCUGGACGAAGGUGAUCUGCUCCGUCAUCGGCUAUAUCCUGGUGCGGCCGUACAUCGAGAAGUUCUUCAAGAAGAUGCAGGACCGGGAGAUCCGCAAGGAGAGGGAGAAGAAGGAGAAGGCGGAGGCGGAGCGCGCGGCGGGUGGAGGCAAGAAGAAGAAGGCGAAGGUGUCGGCGAAUGCGCUGCGCGGGGGUGCGGGUGCGGGCAAGGUAUUGGGCGAGGUGGAGAAUACGGAUGAUGAGAUUGAGGGGGAGGAGGGCGCUGACGGGGCCGCGGAGGAGGAGGAGGAGGUGGAUUUCGCGACGGCGAGUGGUGUGCCUGAGUGGGGAAAGAAUGCGCGCAAGAGGCAGAAGAAGUACUGGAAGAGUUUGGAGAAGGAGGCUGAGAGUCGUACGCAGCAGUUGUCGGAGGAGCAGAUCAAGGAGUUGUUGGAUUGGAGUGAGUCGGAGGAUGAGAAGAAGAAAUAA